AGGGGUGAGACUGGGCGAGAGCAGAGGAGAGAUGGCAUGAGAAAUCUUUGUCCUGAAUGGGCUGUGUGUGCAGCGGACUUUUACCUCCUCUCGCCUAAAAACAUCAACAGACACUGUAAACACUGGUUUGGUUUUUUCUGUUUCUGGUCAGCGUUAAAGCGAGAUGAAAUACUCAUUUGGACUUUUCGUGGUAAUCUCUUUGCUGACCGUCAGCGUCUGCAAUAAGCAUUAUGGAAUGCACUACUCCUCAUUAGGCGCGUCUCUGCGCUGCUAUAAGUGCUCGGACUACUACGGUGGCCGGUGUGGAAAUGUCCAGGAGUGCACUUAUGAAGACUCCUGUUUGUCUCUGCAUGAGAAAGGAGGAAAAACGAUCCGGCAGUGCAUCAGGUACACGGACUGUGACAACUCCCGGCUGACCCAGAUGUUUCCAGCAGUGUCUGGAUUUACGUACCGCUGCUGUAACUCUAACUUAUGUAACAGCGGGCACAGGGACACGGCCAUCCUCAGCCUGUUCAUCUCUCUGCUCAGCGUGUGGUGGAGCUGCUGCUGCUAAUCUUCUCACUCUAUCACAGAAUUUUUACUGUUCUUACAUACAGUAAUGGUAAUAGAAUGUGUAUCGUAAUUUUAACUUGUUCUUUAUAUUAACAACAAUCUUAAUAUGUUUUAAUACAGAUAAACCCAUUUUCUGAAUGCUAAUGACUGUUUUUUUUUUCAUGUUUUUAAUUGAACUUGCUCGUUGUUGGAUAGUGAUGGAAAUAACCAUUAAAAGCUCUUAAUGAAAUUGAGGCCUAAAUAUCUUGUCUAAAAAUAUUGUCUGUUGUGGCUAAUUGUGUUUGAUGAGUUAUGUGUAUUUUUGCAUUUCACACCUGGUUAAUUGGGCAUGUUACUUCUAUUCGCUCUUGGUGUGUGUACUUUUGACAGACUUGUGUUUAUUUAUCUUCUAAUCUUUUUCAGCUAGUGCUAGCUAGAGGCUAACAGGUGUUGUUGGUGUCAUAAGAAUAACUUUCACUAGAGACACAUCCCUGCCAAUUUUUGAAAGUUUAGUCCAUCAGAAAAAAGAUUCUUUGUUACUAUGUCUAUUGUAAGAAAAAAACAUUAUACAAAUAAAACUGAAUUUAAUUUAAUAAAGCUAUAUUCAGUUUUAUUUGUAUAAUUUUUUCCUUACAAUAUACAUAGUCACAAAGAAUCUUCACCGAAGAUUUUAGACAUGCAGCAUUUAAUAUCCAUAAAACAAAACAUAGUUGCAGAGAGUCAUUUUCAACAGGUUUUAAUGUGAGAUACAGGUGUGUCAUCAGCAUAAAAAUUAUAGGAGAUUUUAUGAAAGAUAGACCCGAGGGAAGCAUGUACAAAGAAAACAGCAUAUGGCCCAAGAUGGAGCCCUGAGGUACACCACUGGUGAUUGCUACUAAAGAAGGAGCCAAUCUUCACAGAAAAUGUCCUGUCUUUGAGGUAUGAGGUAAACCACUUUAGAGCAGCCCCCUGGAUCCCAACACCACAUUUAAUCUGUUCCAGAUUGCAUAAUCCACUGUAUCGAAAGGUGUGUUUUUCAGAAUCUACAGUUCAAUUUAGACUGUGUUAAUGGAGCAAUUGCCAAGUCCAAUUCCUUGUAAGUGAAGUCUAACUUGACCAAUAAAAUUGUUUCUGAUUCUGAUUUUA